CUUUGUACUUAAGCCUUGUCCUUUCAGUUCUGUUUGGUCGGGUCUUCAUUUGCCAUUUGCCAUUUGCCACUUACGUGUGUCUACCUCUGUGCUCCAUGUUGGAUAUCCCCUGUGUUGGAUAUAUUAAAAACCUUAUUCCGUUUAUCCUCGACUCCGUAUUCCUUCAGGCAGCGUAAAACCGUGACAACUAUAGUGUCCUGCAGCAACUAGUAAAACAUAUCACAAAAUUAUAUCUGGAGUCUGAAUAAUUUUUAGUUUGUGUGUAUGUACGUAUAUAUAUAUAUAUAUACACACCAUCUAGUGUUAUAACAGAUAACAGUGACAUCAGCAUAAACACCAAAGAUUUAGGCAGAAAUGCAUUAGUAAGCAGAUCAUUUUUGGCCAAACAUAAAGGCUAAAAGCUUAUUUUGAAAGGACUGCAACUACUAGCAAGUUUAAGAUGAACAGAACAGCAUUUUCAAUUUCUCUACUUUUCUUUAACACACAUCUGAUGUUGCAGCGAUAAGAAGAAUUGGAGAGCAGCUCAGUGUUGGGAAAGGCUGUGCAAAAAGACCGGUCUAAUCUCCAUCAUUAACCCCAAAUAAUAUAUCACAGCCAAACUCUCAUAGACAGCUUUUACCCUGCUGCUCGGUUAAUAUAUUAAAAACACACAUUUUCUAAGACUAAAGCCCAGAAACAUGGCAAAACACACACACACACUAUACAUGCCACUAUAUAUCACACAGCCCUGGGCCAGCUGUGACCUUGUUGCUGCAUAAGAAUAUUAAAAUACAAACUAACGCAAGUAAGCAUGAAGCACACACUUUCUUGAGGCACAGACACACACACACACAUGAUAAGGUAUGAUGUGAAAUGAAACAAAACUGGUAUAAAAAAAAUAAUAACGUAUAAUCUGCCUGUUUUUUAGGAGUAUAUAUGAUUUAUUUGUAUGAAAGCAGUUUACAAAAAUACACUUGGGCAGAAAAUGAAUGUGACUUCUCAAGAUAGUUCAGCAUGCAUCAAUAGUUAGCUGUAUUCAGCAUAAUUAGUACAAACAGAGUGUGAUGGACAGACUUUAUUAACCGUGACCACGCCAUUAGAGUCACUCUUUCUGUCUUGAGGGCUUCAUCUGUUAUAGUUACAACAAACACGAGAGACUCAGUCACAAAAGUGAAAGCGUGCAUUUUAUUGACUCCCUCACAGUGUUGUGUUUGUCCACUUUUUUGUGUGCAUAAAUAGUUAUAUUUUUGAAUAUGCUAAAUUAUUUAUGCAAAUACCAAUGUAAGCUGUAUGAACAAAGGGUAAUUUACAAAUGUGUAACACUGAAAAACAGAAUCUAAAAAGCAGAAACAAUUGAUAUUUUACACAAAUUGUUUACAUGCUGCAUAAAGUGACCAUAAGACUUCAAGCUUUUACAAUAAAUAAAAUGUAUAUAACCUUUAUAUAUAUAUAAUUUUUGAAUGGUGCAUGGAUAAGUUGUGCACGCUUCAUGAUUUUUGUUUUAUUAAAUCUAAACUGAAAUUAGCCACCGUGAUUCAUCUCUCUCCCUCUCUUCCCUAUCGAGAACUCUGAACUUGUGGGUUUGGCUUGUGUGGAUGGAUGUUAUUCAGUCGCGAGCGUCAGAGACGGUUGAGCUCCACAGCCCACCUCACCUGAACAUCAACCUCUCCUUCAGGAAAACAUAUUGAUUGAAAAAAGGAAAGAGAAGAACAUGUACUUGUUUAUUGUAUGUCAGUUUAUAAAUUUAGCUACAUAACAUUUCUAAGAUUUCAGUUGAACUGAUGUAUCCUGAUGCGCACGACGUAUCAUUGGAGACGGAAAGGUGAAAACGCUGCCUGGGAAUCGGUCGUCAAACCUAAGGGCAGCUCGGUCUUUCUCUAAAAUCUGACAUGGCCAUGUGUUAAAUGGAUUCCCUCAGUUUAAUCAAUGGCUCCUCUGGGAGCAAAGAGCUGGCCAUCGGGGAGGAUUCAUCUGACGUGACUCUGAAUCAUCCGCUGUUAGAGCUGGGAGACAGCACCAAGCUUCUUGGGGUGCAGGUGAUCCUGAUCUUGGCAUACUCUACCAUCAUCCUUUUGGGCGUUGUGGGGAACUCCCUGGUGAUAUAUGUGAUUUACAAGUUUAAGACACUCCGUACCGUCACCAACUUCUUCAUUGCAAACCUAGCAGUUGCUGAUCUGCUCGUCAACACGUUGUGUCUCCCGUUCACACUGGCUUACACUCUUCUCAAGGAAUGGAAGUUUGGACAAGUGCUUUGUUUCACUCUGCCAUACGCUCAAGGUCUCGCCGUCCACGUCUCUACUAUUACAUUAAACGUAAUUGCAUUGGAUCGACACAGAUGCAUCGUUUAUCACCUAGACACUAGAAUGACAAAGGACACCUGCUUUCUGGUCAUUGCCAUCACCUGGGUGGUAAGUGCCGUUCUGGCAAGCCCACUGGCCAUAUUCAGGGAGUAUGGAAUCGUAGAUCUUUCUCCAGAUAACUCCAUUGAGGUUUGUGGAGAGAAGUGGCCUGACAGUAGUACAGACAGCACUCUAUACUCAAUCUCCACGCUGCUGCUGCAAUAUGUGUUGCCUCUGGCAAUCAUAUCGUUUGCCUACAUCCGUAUCUGGAGUAAACUCCGCAAUCACGUCAGCCCAGUUGGUCGCAAUGACAGGCAUCAGCGCCGCCGCAAUACCACCAAGAUGUUGGUUAACAUGGUCGUGGUGUUUGCGGUCAGCUGGUUGCCUUUUCAUGCCUUCCAGCUCGCCAUUGACAUUGACCACAGCGUGUUGGACAUGAAGGACUUCAGGCUUCUUUACACUGUUUUCCACAUUGUGGCCAUGUGCUCAACGUUUGCCAAUCCACUGCUGUAUGGUUGGAUGAACCGGAACUACCGCAGCGCCUUUGUUGCAGUCUUCAGUUGCAAGGAACGGCUUGAUUCAUUGCACACCGAAGGCCAGGCUGCAACAGCGGUUCGCAGCAAACCCAAAAAGGCUUUAGAAGCCCAAGAUAUAGUGACGACACAUCUCAAUGCAACAGAUGUCUGAGGUGAGGAUACUGAAAGGAUUCCUAAUGCCAGUUAGAAACUAUGAAGGAUUAAUCAUAGCAGGAACUUCAUAGUGAUUUGUGUGGUAUCCAAAUUUAAGACACUUCUUACCAUCACAGAUUUGCUUGUCAGAUCUCUUGUCAGAUCUCAGAUCUGCUUGUCAACAGGAUGUCUCCCAUCUAUGCUGGCUUGGUUAAAUUAAAUUGUUCUGGUGGCAGCUUCACAACAAUAUGACCUAGCUAAAUUCUAUGUUGUGAACUCUUCUCAUCAUCUUCAUCAAUGCAUGUUCAACAAGAUGUAUAAGUUGGCUGAAUGUACUUAUACUUGAAUCAGGAACAUUUUGCACUAAUUAUUUCUGGAUCUUGCUUUGCGGAUGCCUCUCCAUUUGUAGGAAAGAUGGCUAUGCGUAGUUUUGCUCAUCAUAGAAGAAGGUUCCUCAUCAUGAAACAGUUUCAGAUGUUACCAUAUGACAAAUGUGUGCUCUCUUAUCUUCAAGCAGCCAUCACUUCUUGUGAACUGUAUUAUCUCCUCCACUAAACCUUGCGGGAUGUUCUGUCAGUCCGAUACUUUGAAAAUAUUAUGAAUGUAUUUCAUCUAAAAUGCGUAACAAAGAAUUAUCAACAGAGGAUUUGACGGAUCAAAGUGAAUUGUUCCCUGCUGGUUCACUCUUUAGAAACAUAACCCUAGGAAUGGUUGGCAUGUGCAAAUAUGACAAGAUAGAUGUGUAUGUGAAAAAAAAAACAGUAAAUGGAAAUGUGCUUUCUACUGUAUAUUGUUGUCUUCUGUAAAGCUGUCUCAUUUGCAAUCGCCAUGCCAGAUGAAUGUAAUUUAAAGCAAAAUCAAUAUUGUUCUAUGAAAGUGAAAAAUACCAGAAACACAUGAUGUAUAUAUAUCACACAGAGUUAUUCAUCUGCCUUUGAAAAUGUCACUUGUAGAAUUACAGCCAGCACAUUAGAGGUUUAUGAUGUCAUAUCAACAUGAAAACAUUGUCUUAUUCCCCCAUGUUCUCCAAUUUCCUGAAGGAAAAUCGAACACAAAGCUGCUUUAAAAAGCGAUGAUUCACACAAGUUACGGGUUUGCUGAUGUAUUUCUAUUGACAUGGAAAGUAAAUGCCUGUCCACUGUAGAACUAAAUGACUCCUUUUAACCUAAAUUGUCUGCAGGAAAUGAGAAUGCCACAUUUAAUUAGUACUCUGUGCUUCUGUGUGGAUCCUGCUUGAAUUUAGGAUGAGAAUUGGGAAUUAUUAGUAAAAUAUAACCGCACUGCACUGCGAUAGUGUUGUUUUUGUAAAAGGAAUAUUCUGGAUUCAAUACAUGUUCUCUCUUGCAAUAGAGAAUCAUUUUGACCAGAUCUUCAGCGUAUACAAACAAACAAUAAUACAUUAAUGAUGGAAGUCUAAAAUGCAUUACAUGGCAUAAAUGCUGAAAAGCACUGUGUAUAUACUUAUGAAAAUCAUGUAAAAGCCAUUAACAUGAUAUGUACAAGAAAGGUGCUGUUUAUAUGAAGAGUAACUCAUAGGAGUUACAUCUGUAAUGCAUAAUCAGAAAUUUAUCGGCCGAUAAAAAUAGUACAAUUGCUACUGUAGGACACAAAUUGGUAGCACUUUAUUUUAUAGUCCCGUUCCUUAUGUACAUACAAUGUACUUAUUAUAGUAAUUACAAUAACUAUCUAAUAACUAGGUAC